AUGCCGAAUUCCCUCGCUGCUGGCCACGUCCCCAACCCUACUCUGGAUGCGAUUGACCUGGUGGACUGGAGUCUGAGAAAUGCAGGAACCUCCAGUUCUGUCCCAGGCUUGGAGGAGGGAGGUGCAGAACCCUGGGCCUUCUCUCAGCUGAAGAACAUUGGCCAACUGAAAGAGGUCAGCAAGGCCAGCAGGCUCUGCCAAGUGGUUAUCAGCUUCCUCAAGGCAUGUGGACUCCUGGGAAGUCUCUACUUUUUCAUCUGUUCUCUGGAUAUCCUCAGCUCUGCCUUCCAGCUUCUAGGCAGCAAAAUGGCUGGAGAAAUUUUCAAGGACAAUGUGGUGCUGUCCAACCCUGUGGCUGGCUUGGUCGUUGGUGUGCUGGUCACAGUCCUUGUACAGAGUUCCAGCACAUCUUCGUCUAUCGUGGUCAGCAUGGUGGCCUCUAAGUUGCUGACUGUCCAGGUAUCUGUGCCUAUCAUCAUGGGCGUCAAUGUGGGCACAUCAAUCACCAGUACCCUGGUCUCAAUGGCGCAGUCAGGGGACCGGGAUGAGUUUCAGAGGGCCUUCAGCGGCUCGGCUGUUCAUGGCAUCUUCAACUGGCUCACAGUGUUGGUAUUGCUGCCACUGGAGAGUGCUACAGCAGCAUUAGAGAGGCUGAGUGAGCUGGCCCUGGGUGCUGCUAGCCUGCAGCCAGGGGGACAGGCCCUCUACAUCCUCAAGGCACUGACGCAACCUUUCACACACUUCAUCAUCCAGCUGGAUAGCAGCAUGAUUACCAGCAGUGCUACCCGCAACAGCACUAACAGCAGCCUGAUUAAGCAAUGGUGUGGCAUCAGGGGGAAGAUGCCCCAGGGAAGCAGUGAGGACUAUGGCAUGUUCAACCCCUGCACAGAGAGGAACAUCUCAGCAUCUGCAGAGGAGAACAAAGUGCCCUGCCAUCACCUGUUUGUGGGCUCAGAACUCACAGACCUGGCUGUGGGCUUCAUCCUGCUGGCUGGCUCUCUGCUGGUGCUGUGUGUCUGCCUGGUCCUCCUUGUUAAGCUGCUCAACUCUGUGCUGCAGGGCCGCAUUGCACAGGCUGUGAGAACUGUCAUCAAUGCAGAUUUUUCCUUCCCCUUUGGCUGGCUCAGUGGCUACUUGGCCAUCCUUGCUGGUGCAGGCCUAACCUUCUUGCUUCAGAGCAGUAGUGUCUUCACAGCAGCCAUUGUGCCUCUCAUGGGGGUUGGGGUGAUCAAUCUGGAACGGGCCUACCCCCUCUUCCUGGGCUCCAACAUUGGCACCACCACCACAGCCCUGCUAGCUGCCCUGGCCAGUCCUGCAGACAUGUUGCUUACCGCAGUCCAGGUUGCUCUCAUCCACUUCUUCUUCAACCUGGCUGGCAUACUGCUGUGGUACCUGGUGCCUGUCCUGAGACUGCCCAUUCCACUGGCCAAGCGCUUUGGAGAGCUGACCGCCCAGUACCGCUGGGUGGCCAUUAUCUACCUGCUAUUCACUUUUCUGCUGCUGCCCCUGGCAGCUUUUGGACUUUCCCUGGCAGGGGUCUUAGUGCUGGCUGCAGUGGGGGGUCCUCUGGUGGGGCUAGUGCUCCUUAUCAUUCUGGUUAAUGUCCUGCAAAGACACCAGCCAUCUUGGCUGCCUCGCUGUCUUCGAUCCUGGGCCUGGCUGCCACUCUGGCUCCAUUCUCUGGAGCCCUGGGACCACCUGAUGACUGGUUGUUGCCCCUGCAGGGCCUGCAGCAACUCUCAUACGACCAGCAAAGUGGCUCACUGCUAUGAGAACCCACAGGUCAUAGCUUCCCAGCAGUUAUGAAAAGUCAGUACCUGUAGCCUA